CUCUCUCUCUCUCACACACACUCGCUCGCUCGCUCGCUGACUGCAGUGUGUUUUAAAGCCGUCCUUUCGCCGACUCCCGCACACUUGGCGCGCUCACUGCACUCUUUUUGAACUGUUCAUUACACACACACGCGCACACACACACACACACACACAGGCGCACUUGCUGGUUUUUGCAGACACCGAGCGCCUGUGUGACUCACCCCUUCCUUGUCUCGCCAGUGUGUGUUCCCGUACUGCAUUGUUCCUUUCCUUUGAUUUUUUUUUUCUUAUUUCGCUGAACAUGGCGACCGCUGCGGUGUCGGCGGCGGCGGCUGUUGCUGCUACGGGCGGCGCCUCUCAUCCCGCCUUUGGGUCCGAGACGGUACGCGGACAGAUCUUUGACGUGGGACCCCGCUACGGCAACCUGUCGUACAUAGGAGAAGGGGCAUACGGCAUGGUCUGCUCUGCCUAUGACCGGGAAAACAAAGUCCGGGUUGCCAUCAAGAAAAUUAGUCCUUUUGAGCAUCAGACCUACUGCCAGCGGACUUUGCGUGAAAUUAAGAUCCUGUUGCGCUUCAAGCAUGAGAACAUCAUUGGGAUAAAUGAUGUCAUUCGUGCACCCACUCUCGACCAGAUCAAGGAUGUUUACAUUGUACAGGACCUGAUGGAGACAGAUCUCUACAAGCUGUUAAAGGCACAGCACCUGAGCAAUGACCAUAUCUGCUAUUUCCUCUAUCAAAUCCUGCGAGGCUUAAAGUACAUCCACUCUGCCAAUGUACUACACCGGGAUCUGAAACCCUCUAACUUGCUGAUCAACACCACUUGUGAUUUGAAGAUUUGUGAUUUUGGCCUUGCUCGGGUAGCUGACCCUGACCACGACCACACUGGCUUUCUAACAGAAUAUGUAGCCACACGCUGGUACAGGGCACCUGAGAUCAUGCUCAAUUCCAAGGGCUACACCAAAUCCAUUGAUAUAUGGUCAGUGGGUUGUGUUUUGGCUGAAAUGUUAUCAAACCGACCCAUCUUUCCUGGAAAACACUACCUGGAUCAGUUAAACCAUAUUCUUGGCAUCCUGGGGUCCCCUUCACAAGAAGAUCUAAACUGCAUCAUCAAUAUUAAGGCCAGAAAUUAUCUGCUUUCCCUCCCAAUGAAGAACAAGGUGCCUUGGAGCAGGCUUUUCCCAAAUGCUGAUCCUAAAGCUUUGGAUUUAUUGGACAAAAUGCUCACCUUUAAUCCCCACAAGAGAAUAGAUGUAGAGGAGGCCUUGGCACAUCCCUAUCUUGAGCAAUAUUACGACCCAUCAGAUGAGCCUGUUGCUGAGGCUCCUUUCAAGUUUGACAUGGAGCUGGAUGACCUACCCAAGGACAAACUGAAGGAGCUUAUUUUUGAAGUAACUGCACAGUUCCAGCCAGGCUUUCGAUCCUAACUCUAUAACAGCCCAUGUGGCACUGCAGGCCUCGACUCGCUCGGAUGCUGUUAAUCGUCACGCCAGCUUCUCCUCAGUGAUGUACUUGUGGUUCGUCUUGGCUUGCCUUUCCCAAACUCCCUGGCAACACAGUCCACUGUUAUGGAGAAGGG